AUGAGACCUAUUAAAUUGAUGGGACAUGAGCGUUCUUUGACGCAAGUCAAGUUCAAUAGAGAAGGUGAUCUUCUCUUUUCCGUGGCUAAGGACUCCUCGGCCUCCAUUUGGUACCUGUCUAACGGUGAGAGACUUGGUACUUUAGAAGGUCACCAAGGUACCAUCUGGUCGAUUGACGUUGACUCGAAAACCUUGUUGUGUGCUACAGGAAGUGCCGAUCUCACCAUCAGAUUGUGGAAGGCCGAAACUGGCGAAUGUGUUUACAAAUGGGACACCACAUCCCCAGUGAGAAGAGUGGCCUUCUCCCCAGACAACUCGAAGCUUUUGGCUGUCACCGAUAAAGUGAUGGGUAGCAAAGGUGCCAUUUCCGUUUACAACAUAAAUUACGACGACAUCUACAACCAAAACCCUGAGCCUAUUCUUGUGAUCAACACCAGAGAAGAUGCAACCAAGGUCACCGUCGCAGGCUGGGCUGCUGAGGGCCAGUAUAUUAUUGCUGGUCAUGAGGACGGCUACGUUAGCAAAUACGACGGUAAAACCGGUGAGUUCAUACAAACGGUCCAGGCCCACGGUAUUCACAACGAAGAGAAGAUUGUCUCAAUUACCGACAUUCAGUUUGCCCCAGAGGACAGACUGUACUUCAUCACCGCAUCCAAGGACAAGAACGCCGCCUUAAUUGACAUCGACACAUUUGAGAUCAUGAAGGUCUACAAGGCCGAUGCCCCUAUGAACACAGCAGCCAUCACGCCCAAGAAGAACUUUGUCAUUUUAGGUGGUGGUCAGGAAGCCAGAAAUGUCACCACCACUGCCGAAUCCCAGGGUAAGUUCGAGGCUAGAUUUUACCACAAGAUCUUCAUGGAGGAAAUCGGUAGAGUGAAGGGUCACUUCGGUCCCUUGAACACUGUUGCAGUUCACCCCGAUGGCAUUGGUUACGUGUCUGGAGGAGAGGACGGUUUCAUAAGAGUUCACUACUAUGACAAGUCGUACUUUGACUUCGAAUUUGACGCUGAAAGAACAGAGCGUGUCUUGGCUCAGUCCCAAGCUAAGGCUCAAGAGGUUUGA